GUUUUCGCGGCUCGCUAGAGGGCGUGUGGUCCACUGGAGGACUCCCUACAUUCUUCCUCCAUUACCUCACUGCCUCCGGUUGCUGCUGGGAUACUGGAGGACUCGGGUCCCGGCUAGACUCAGUCCUCCAGCAGCCCGGGGAAUACCUCUAGCAGUUCUUCCCUGCCGCCACCGCCGCCCCGCCGCUUCCUCCUCCGCUCGCGGCCGGCCUUCUUCGCCCCGCCCCGUCCGCGCCGCGCGUCCGGCCCGCCCGCGGGCCCGCUUCUCUCGGGAGCCUCCACCUAGGCGCAUGGCUCCAUGAAGCAGGAGAAGAAGGCAGAGCGCGAGAGGUCCCGUCCACCCCAGCUGCGUCUGGGCCAGGAGAAAAGGUACAGGAAGAAGGAAUGGAAUCGGAAGGAAGAAAGUUCAUUUCCGAGACAAAAUAAUUCCUCUCCUCGGUUAUAGCUGUUCCCCUGGCAAUACAAACUAUCUGCUUUCAGUCAGGGUUCUGCAGCAUUCCAGACCUCGAGCACUGAAUCAGGAUGGGAAAAAGACGUUGUGUUCCUCCACUUGAGCCCAAGUUGGCAGCAGGCUGUUGUGGGGUUAAGAAGCCCAAGUUAUCUGGAAGUGGAACGCAUAGUCACGGGAACCAGUCCACAACUGUCCCCGGCUCUAGUUCAGGACCUCUUCAAAACCACCAGCAUGUGGAUAGCAGCAGUGGUCGGGAGAAUGUGUCGGACUUAACUCUGGGACCUGGAAAUUCUCCCAUUACACGAAUGAAUCCCGCAUCGGGAGCGCUGAGCCCUCUUCCCCGGCCCAAUGGAACUGCCAACACCACCAAGAAUCUGGUGGUGACUGCAGAGAUGUGCUGCUACUGCUUUGACGUCCUCUACUGUCACCUCUAUGGCUUCCCACAGCCACGACUUCCUAGAUUCACCAAUGACCCCUAUCCGCUUUUUGUGACAUGGAAGACAGGGCGGGACAAGCGGCUUCGUGGCUGCAUUGGGACCUUCUCAGCCAUGAAUCUUCAUUCAGGACUCAGGGAAUACACGUUAACCAGUGCACUUAAGGACAGCCGAUUUCCCCCCUUGACCCGAGAGGAGCUGCCUAAACUUUUCUGCUCUGUCUCCCUCCUUACUAACUUUGAGGAUGCCAGUGAUUACCUGGACUGGGAGGUAGGGGUCCAUGGGAUUCGAAUUGAAUUCAUCAAUGAAAAAGGCGUCAAACGUACAGCCACAUACUUACCUGAGGUUGCUAAGGAACAAGACUGGGAUCAGAUCCAGACAAUAGACUCCUUGCUCAGGAAAGGUGGCUUUAAGGCUCCAAUUACCAGUGAAUUCAGAAAAACGAUCAAACUUACCAGGUACCGAAGUGAGAAGGUGACAAUCAGUUAUGCAGAGUAUAUUGCUUCUCGACAGCACUGUUUCCAGAAUGGCACUCUUCAUGCCCCGCCCCUCUACAAUCAUUACUCCUGACACACGGCUGCAUGACCAGUCCCACCCCCCUGUGGCCACCAAUGGCUAUGACAUCAUUGGAGCAGAUGCCUCCUCUUCCUGGUCCAGUUACUUCUAUUACUGCACCAUUUUAUGAUGCUAGCUUCCGUUGCCAAGUCUGCCUCCAGCUGACUGAGGGGGGGUGGGGUUAUACUGAAUGAAACAGAACUUGAGGGGCCCAAGCCUUAUCUCAGCCUUUCCUCAAUAUGGGGUUCCGUUGGAUUGGGGCUCCUCCAUGACUAGUGAGAAUUACCGUGUGGGUUCAGAAGACCCUUGGCAUGCAGGUGCCACUGCUGAUUUGCUGCCUCUGUGUUGGCCACACAGUGGAAGCCGGAAUUGGUGGUUCACGAAGGCUUACCCCACAUACACCCCUAUAGCCUCCCCAGAUCAAGUAGGUGUAUUCCCCUGGCAGUCUGGGCAACGGAGACCAACAAGAAACAUUUUUAGGUUGUUUUAAAUUCCUUUUUUAAACUUCCAGUUUAUUGCGUACCAAGAGUUGAUUACAACCUCCAUGCUUCAUAAGUGGACGCCAUGUUAGGGUUGAACGUGGGCACCAUGAGUCCUCUGAGGCUCCUGGACAGAGACCCACAUCAAGAUCGGAAGCCCUUUGGAUGGCGUGGCAGAUCUCAUUGCUCAAUUAGCCUCGAAGGUUUUAAUUCUCAUCCCACUCUCAGCUGGAUUUUCUGGCACUCUUCCUGCAUUGAGUCUCCUGGUAUUGAACAGAGCUCUGUGGUGUAGCCUGCUGAGGACUGGACUGGGAUGCCCUUGGGAGGUCCUGAAAUCAUCGCUGCAUGCAGUGAGAAAGGAGAGACCUCUUCCUUACCACCCGGCUACCUCACUCCUCUACUGGUAGCAGUGCCUAUAGCUGGAUCUAGGUUCUCAGAAGGCAUAGGUUUUCCAACAAGCACCUGUGUUGGGCUUUAGAAGGACACAUUGUCAUAGGAGAGAAUCCAGGGUCUCCAAGCUGUUUUUCUUUUCAGGCAAACAUCCUGAGGGACCUUUAAGCAGAGGAGUUCCUUUGUCUAGUUUGCCUGGAGAAGUGGGAAGACUGUUGCUGUUUCAGUCCUUUCCAGGACUUUAGAACAAAGCAAUGUAAUUAAACAAAAUGAAUCUUUAUCUUGCCUAACAUGCUGGGAAUCUUCACCCCACCGUGGCAAAGUUCCAAAUAGCUCAUUUUAUUCUAGGUCAUUCAGACUUUCAUGUGGCAUAUUUCCCCUCCCCAUUGUUGCUGAUUCCAAAUAGCUGUCAGCAGGUUUCUCCUCCCUCUUGCCUAUUCCUCCCUCAUUUGGUGGCAGAGUUCAUAGAAGCUGGGGACUUGGAAAAUGCUUUGGAAACGUCACAGAGGCACUGCUGAAAAGAUUCACAGGAAGAGGUGGCCAAUUGGAAGAAAGGACCUGGAGGGUGAUACAGUGGUUUUCAAGAACAUGCUUAGAGAACUCUUGAAGUGGAUUGGGUGUCAAUCCGGUGAACACCAUUGUUUUGAUUUAAUUUAUUUUUUAAAGUUUAUGUGGUGAUGGUGUGGCUUUCCAAAAUGGGCAAAUAUCCAAAUCAAAAGAAAUUUUGAGUUUUCUUCUGCCAGAAAUGGGGGAGGGGAAGCAGGGACAUAAUCCAAGAAACGACACACUUGCCAUUCUAGGUAUUGCUGUCUCAUUUCUUGGGAAGAAAUGGAUGAGGGUGAGCAGAUUUGCUUGGUACCAUCCUCUGCUGUUCAUGAGGAUAUGGAAUGUGCAAGGGAAGUGGGCUGACUUCAGGAUGCCCAGGUCAGGCAGCACCACCCUAUCUUAACUGUUGUGCUGCGUUCUUGGCAUCCUGCCACUUUUCCCUUGCAAGGUUAAUGAAAAAAAGCUUUUGAAGAUUAAGGGAUUGUUUUGUGAUUUCCUGCUGCUGAGAAUAAUAAAUGUCUUGUUCACAAA